UCGGCCCAUCGUAUCACAACAUCAGCAAGGAAGUCAGUCGCAUUCGGCAAAACUAUCUUUUCCAACGAUUCUUGACGAGAUACUCUCUGUCGCGACGACGAUAUCCCGCUCUUUUCAGGUUGGGAGCCGAAAAGAUUGAUUUGGCCCUUCCUCUGAUUGUUGUUCUACUUGUCUCCGAAGCGCACCUGGCGCAAAAGUUGCGACCAUGGAGACUAUCAACUUCGACAUCAACGAUGCGCUCAAGCAUUACAUGAGCGACCCUUCGAGUAUUUCAACACCCGAGGCAGAUAACACUCUCCUCGACUGCGAGGCCGACCCGGAGUCGCUGACCAUCGCCGUGGUCAACCCGGUCCUCAACUCCAUCGUGGACGCAGUAGCGGAGAAUCCAGACUUCAUAACGCGUAGUGCAUACUUUGACUCGCUGCAGUUCUUACUAAAAUACACCCAGUUCCUGCCAACGCAUGCUCUCAGCAAGAUCUUCGACUUGAUCAUGAGUGGUUUGGCAGCCGAGGCGGACGCUAUAAACCACGACCUCGAAAACCCAGACGAGCAAGAGAUGAUUGCGCACCACAAAACCCUCCUUGAGCUUUACGGCUUCCUCUUGCAGUGGACCAUCGCCUGUGUCGAGACGAAAGCCGCUGAAAAAUCAUCAACUGCGGCAGUAUCACGCGCCAGGGGUAAGGGCUCCAAGUCGAAAGCCGCAGCAAGUAAGGACAAGGACGGUAGCUGGGACAGCGCGGCACAACUUCAGUCAGCACUGGACAUCAUGUCCAAGGUGAUGAAGGUAAAGUUGGGCAAGAUCUUCCUGACGACGAGCGAGCGUGACACUUUCAUUGGGCUCUUGACGCGUCCUGUCUACAUGAUCCUUGAGAGUGAGCAAAGAGUCAAGAAUACGGCUAUUAGGAUGCACGCUUUCAAGGUGCUUUGCAUUGCUGUGAAGCACCACGGACAUGCGUAUGCUGCGCAAAUUUCCAUCGUCCAGAACCUAACGUACUUCGAGCAUCUAUCUGAGCCCAUGGCAGAGUUUCUGCACAUUCUGGCUGAGCAAUACGACUAUGCUCAACUCGCAGACGAGAGUCUUCGAGAGUUGAGCAAUAAGGAGUUCAGCACCAACGACACCAGGGGGCCAAAGUCUGUUUCCUCAUUCAUCGUCAAGCUCUCUGAACUGGCGCCUAGACUAGUGAUCAAGCAGAUGACGAUGCUGGCUAAGCAACUCGACAGUGAAUCAUACACCCUCCGAUGCGCGCUGAUUGAAGUAUGUGGCAACAUGGUCGCACAUCUCUCCAACCAAGACGAGCGUGGCGAGAACCACAAAUCGCAGCUCAACGCCUUCUUUGAUGUGCUCGAGGAGCGAUUUUUGGAUAUCAACCCCUAUUGCAGAUGUCGAGCCAUCCAAGUAUAUGUCAAACUAUGCGACCUCGACCAGAAGUUCCCAAAACGACGUCAAAAGGCUGCUGAGCUUGCCGCUCGUUCACUCGAAGACAAGAGCAGUCACGUUCGAAGAAAUGCCAUCAAGCUUCUCGGUUGUCUCAUCAAAACUCACCCGUUCACCGUUCUUCAUGGCGCUCAGCUAGCACGCAAGGAUUGGCAAGAGCGUCUCGAUAAGGUCGAAGCCGAACUGGAUGCGCUCCAACCUCCUGCUGGAGAGCCGGGCCUCGGUGACGGAAAGGCAGAUACGACAGUAAAUCCCGAUCUCAUGGACGAACCAACCCAGAUCGAAUCACCCCAAAAGCCUAGGGAGCCCAAGGAAAUGACUGAAGAGGAGAAGCAGACUAUCGUGCGCAAGGCGCAAGAAGAUGCCGCAACUUCCGAGGCGAUCGAGAAGCUCACGUUAACUAGGAGGUAUUACACAGAUGCUCUCAAGUUCAUUGAGGUGCUCCACGAAGGAACGACAACAGUUUUCCAGCUCCUUGGUUCCAAGAACAAGUCCGAGGUCAUUGAGGCCAUGGACUUCUUGGAGAUCGGCAAUGCAUACAACAUCGAGGACAAUAUGGUUGGAAUUCGACGUAUGCUCCGUCUCAUCUGGACCAAGGGCAACAGCGACGAGGGCAAGGGUGUACAAACGCACCUGAUUGACUGCUACAAACGACUCUUCUUCGAGGCACCAGACAGCUUCACUUCGAAUGAUGCCUCCAUCUACAUCGCCCGAAACAUGAUCAGUCUAACAUCUGGCACUACUCCCGCUGAGCUGACAAGCUUGGAACAACUGCUAGCGACCAUGAUGAAAGGCAAUAUGAUUUCCGAACAAGUUGUUGCCAAGCUCUGGGAUGUGUAUGGCUUCCAGAAGCGGGAGAUUUCUAGGUCGCAGCGCCGUGGUGCCAUCAUCGUGCUUGGCAUGCUUGCAACGGCGGCACCCGAGAUUGUCGUGGGUGAGAUGGAAACAAUGCUCCGCGUUGGGCUCGGUUCCCAUGGACGAUCUGAUCUCCAGCUCGCUAAGUACACUUGCAUUGCUCUACGGCGGUUAAACCCUACUGGCCGUCAAGGUAAGGACUCGCCGGUCAAGUUCAGCCGGUUACCAAACGAGCACGCCAUCCUGGCCAAGCUGGCCGCCAUCACCGAGGUCCCGAGCGACAGCAAAGAGUGGUUUGGCGUGGCCGAGCAGGCAAUCAACGCCAUUUACGCCAUUGCGAAGCAUCCAGACGCUCUAUGUGGAGAAAUCAUCAAGCAUAAGACGAAAGCUGUCUUUACUGCACAGCAGAGGCAACGUUCUGCAUCGCGACCAGACUCUCGUGAUAUGGAUGCGACGGUGACAGCUGCCACUCCAGACUCGCAAGGUCUGACCACGGCGCUCAAUGAACCCACACAGACAGCGAGCCGCCCAACGCCUGAACCGUCAGCAGAGCCCAAGCAGAAGGCUGCGAUCGCCCUAUCACAGCUCGUAUUUAUUGUUGGCCACAUAGCCAUCAAGCAGAUUGUCCACUUGGAAUUGUGUGAGCUCGACUUCAAACGUCGGAAGCAAGAAAAAGAGAAGAUGGCCUCUUCUUUACCCGCGGAAGAAACUUCAACCUUGUCAGGCAGAGGCCGAAAGUCUAGAAGCAAGACAGCAGCACCCGUGCCAGAAGAUGAAGGCGAUGAGUUGGAUUUGAUCGGAGGCACGACCGAAGAUGACUUCACUGAAGCUAUGGCCCAUAUCCGUGAGCGCGAACUAUUGUUCGGUCCGCAGUCCAUGUUGGCAAAUUUCGGACCCAUGGUUGCUGAAAUUUGUGCAAGGAGCGAUGUCUACAAAGACAAGGGCCUCCAGGCAGCCGCUACACUUGCACUGGCGAAGCUAAUGUGUGUCAGCUCUGAGUACUGUGAGGAGCACCUACCGCUCCUGAUCACCAUCAUGGAACGGUCACCCGACCCGACUGUCCGCUCAAACGUUGUCAUUGCACUGGGUGAUAUGGCCGUGUGCUUCAACCACUUGAUCGACGAGAAUACCGACUUUUUGUACAGGCGGCUUGCAGACCCUGACUUGUCCGUCAAGAGGACCUGUUUGAUGACUCUGACAUUCCUCAUUUUGGCCGGACAAGUCAAGGUCAAGGGUCAGCUUGGCGAAAUGGCCAAGUGCCUCGAAGACAGCGACAAGAGGAUCGCGGACAUGGCGCGUAUGUUCUUUACCGAGCUCAGCACCAAGGACAACGCCGUCUACAAUCACUUUGUGGACAUGUUCUCUCUGCUAUCCGCUGGCAACCUGGAAGAGGAGGCCUUCAAGCGUGUCGUUCGCUUCCUCACGGGCUUUAUCGAGAAGGACAAGCAUGCCAAGCAAUUGGCGGAGAAGCUGGCAGCCAGGUUGCAGAGAUGUGAAACGGAGAGGCAAUGGAACGAUGUCGCAUAUGCAUUGGGCCUGCUGCAACACAAGAACGAGGACAUCAUCAAGGUCAUCGGGGAAGGGUUCAAGGUUGUGCAAGCUUCUGCUUGAAUGAGUGAAGUUGGACUGCGUGCAACUGGAUUAAACAUUUUGCGGUAUGCACUUUGCUUAUGAUGGAACGAAGUUGCAUGGAUAUAUGGGUUGGUCAACAACUGAGGAACGGUGUUGGGGCGUUCAGGAACGACUGAUUGGGUGAUUUAGGUGUACGAUUUGCAUUGAAGACGAAUCAUGAGCCCAAUAUAUGUGAUGUCACCCCUUUUCGUAAUGCAUGUGGCCUCAUUAAAACAUCUAUGGCUCUUGUUUGCUACCCUUGUGCAUCUCGUUUCUCAUGCGACUGUAAGGACUAGUUUAGCCCAGUCAUAAGGGAAAGGUAGAACUGACAUGACUAUUUGAACCGGCCUUUUCUUGGACACUGGAUAAGAUUUACUUGGGUG